AUGAGUUCAAUUGGUACUGGUUACGACCUUGCAGCGGCCACUUUUUCACCUGACGGGCGUAUUUUCCAAGUGGAAUAUGCUCAAAAAGCAGUUGAUAAUUCGACUACGAUGGUUGCUUUACGGGGAAAAGAUGGAGUAGUAACAGCUGUGGAUAAGCAGAUUCCAUCAAAGUUAUAUGUUGACGUACGUAAAUACAUAUCCUACAUGAAUGGAACUACAAUGAUCUAUAAUAAGCGAGAUAAAAAUUUUGAUAAAGCAUUUUGUGCUCUGUAUCCAUUACGUUAUGCAUUUUUAAAUUUUAAGAAUGCGAAUUCACGCAUGAUGAAUGCUAGUGAUUAUAUUGGCUUUGCAAUGGCUGGUGUAUAUCCAGACUGCAGAGCAUUGUUGGAUUAUGCUGUUGGUGAAGCGUUAAAAUAUUUGAAAGACUAUCGUACUCCGAUUCCGAUCAAAAUCCUUGCAAAUCAGGUGGCUGAAUAUGUGCAUAUUUUUACUUUGGGAAUCAGUCGACCAUUCGGUGCUUCAGUGUUCCUUACUUCUUGGGAUGCAAAGACUGGUUCAAAAAUAUAUCUAAUCGAACCAUCGGGAUUGUGCUAUGAAUAUAAAGCUUGGGCAGUAGGCAAACACCGUCAAGCUGCUAAAACAGAAAUCGAAAAAUUAGACUUGGAAGAUUUAUCAAUGGAUCAAUUGGUGAAAGAAGCUGUGCGAAUUAUUUUAACGGUUCGUGAUGAAGCAAAAGAUAAAAAUAUACAAGUGGAAAUGGGAUGGGUUGGUUCAGUUACAAAGGGGCUGUACCAACCAGUUCCUGCUGAGACUAUUCGUGAAGCAGAACAGUGGGCAAAGGCUAAGUUGGAGGAGGACGAUAUGGAAGAUUAA